UUUAGAAUCUAUUUUAUAAUCUAAAAACGGAGUUUCUUAUUUUAUUUCUGCGGUUGCAAUUAUUUGCUCAUCUCGAGCGACAUUGCAACUGAACUAUAUUUGAGUAUAGAAGAUCAGUGCGGUAGUCUUCCAACAUAUGGAGAAUGUGUCAGUGCAGCGGACGGCUGAACGCUCAGUGAUGCUCUGAUGCCUCUAUAGUGUGAAGUCAUGAGUUUGUACACAAAAACAGCGUUGUUGGAGUAAACCAUUGAUUCUGCAGCAUAUGGACAUUUUUGACGGACAUUCACUGCGUUUAAUGAGUAGGCCUAGUUUAUUUUCAUUAGCCUAUAUGAUCAAAUAUUUUUUUUUUUUUUUUUAUCCUAUAUGUAUCGCAUGCCCUGUGUUGUUUGUUCCAUGACUAUAAGCUUGAGGUACUUUCUCAAGUUCUUUGCAACAUCUGACAGAGUUAUGAUGGGUGCAGAAGGGUCACAUACUUAAACGGAGUGUGUAGACUCAGUGUGGGGAAGUCAUUACAGGUUCAAAGGUGAUAUGACAUUUAGUUAUGUUGGCUUGGGUUGGAUGUGACCUCCAUGGCCACAUAUGAACCUGUAUCUUGUGGUUCUCCUCGGAAUGUUUGAGUGUACAUAUCUCACCUCUCUGUCAGCUCAGUCUCUUAUUUUUUUUACAGCAGCGCCACACAAAAGUUGCAGCACUCUUGUCGAAUCUGAUUUAAUUGAAGCAAACAAACGCAUAUGUGAAAGCAGUACCUAUACACAUAUAUGAACACACACACACACACACACACACUCUCAUGAUCUUAUGCCCUGUUUGAGUUUGAGAGUGAGCGGCCGCUGCUCACUGGCUGAUUCUGACCAAUCAGCACAGUGAGUCAGAGAGGAAACAGAAGUAUUAUAUUCCUCUGAGUGUCACUGGUGAAUUUCAUAGGCGGGUAUGCUGCACCCUUAAAGGGGCAGGACCCCUGUAGCUUAAUCUAGAUAUCCACAAGACGCCAGUUACUCCUUGAUGUACUGCAGAUGUUUUUACUUUGCUCCUGGAGUUGUCUCAGUGUGUAGAGAAAUAGUUGAGGUUAGACAUUGGUACAGCUCUCCAUGUAAUAACAUCUGUCUGGGUUUUCAGUUGAAUCACGGCGUGAGUCAAUGAAAAUAGGGCGUUCACUCAUGUUGUUGGUGUGGUCGAGCAAAUUAACGGACAGAUGAAUUUGCUUUGUGUUUAAAUCUGUCUAUUGAAGAGUUGUGUUCUUUGAACAGCAGGUCGGCUGGCCGUCAAGAUUCAAAUAAGAGAAAAAGGUGUUCUUAGUUCAUAGCUCUGCCUGCGUGAGUCCGGCGAAUGCUUACGGGAGCAGAUGCAGUACAUGAUGAGGUCACUGCAAGACCUGAAACAACUACAGAAAACCUGCCCUUCAGCCAGACGCCCCCUCAGCACCCAACUCCCGGCUUUAGUGCGCCACUCUGCAGUGGCACGUGCCUGUCAGCAGCGAGCAUUGCAGCGAGAGCAGCGCACCCGCCUGCGGAUGUCUGAUGCCAGCACGGCCAGUACGUACGACUCCGCCUGCUGCUUGUCCAGUCCUCUGGAGGAAGACGAGGACGACUCAAGCAGCAGGCUGGGCCUGAGCCUCAGACUGGGCCUGGGCUCUCCCAGCAGUCUGGAGUUUGACUCAGGCUACUCUGAGGCAUCCUGGCAGGACGAAGGGGUGGUCCUCAGGAGGACCAGGAAUGUGAGGGUGUCAUCUUCAGCCUGUCUCCGCACAAACAGAGCGCCGAGUGGACGCAUUCGGCCCAAAUCCACAUCUGACGCCUGUCUGGAGAGGUGGACAUCGUUUGAGGUCAGCGACCCAGAGGACUGGACAAACUCUUUAUUGACCAGAGGACGCAACCGCCAGCCUCUGGUUCUGGGCGACAACAGCUUUGCAGACCUCAUACAGAACUGGAUGGACUUGCCAGAUUGUCCUGAGCCCACUCAGCUGAAGCCAAAUUCAGGAAGGAGACUGGGAAGAGGUUUCUUUGUCAACAUGAGGAGCAAACUGGUCGGGUUUUCUAAGAGUGUAGAGGACAGAGUACGGAUGAGAUCGACAGACUCUGCUCAUGUUAACAGAACUGCAAACGCUCCAAAACGUCUGUCUUGUCCAGUCGUGGCAUCGCAGCCCAAAGUCCCCUUUUUCCACCAGUCUCACUCAGGCAUUAAUGAGACGCAGACAGAUUUCUACCACUUUGCAGCCCUCCUGAAAUCGCGCACCCGACAGCCCAUAAUCUGCAAAGAUAUCAUUGGAUACGUUUGACAUUCAUGUAAAGCCAUGUACAGACCGGACAAUCCUCAGUCAAUUUAUUUUGAUAUGCCUGUGUUUUCACCUCUUAUAUGCUGUGAAUAAGCUAAUAGAAAUAAAGAUGUUCUCAUAAUUUAAA